CCUAUAUUGACCUUGUCUGGCGGGUUAAGUUAAAUUAAGUCCACGUCCAGAUGUUAGGAUAUAGCAACUCGUCGGAUUUCCAAAAAAUUGGCCUAGGUCUUCUUGCAUUUGGAGUUGGUUUUCUUUGUCUUGGAGUACUAUUCUUUUUCGAUGCCGCACUAUUGGCAUUAGGUAAUGUUCUUUUCCUUGCUGGCAUAGGGUGUCUUAUUGGGUUACAAAAAGCAUGCACAUUUUUCUUCCGCCGGACAAGUUUAAAAGGAGCCGCUUUUUUCUUCGGGGGAAUAGCUGUCGUUCUGUUUGGGUUUCCCUUCAUCGGAAUGUUACUAGAAAUUUAUGGCAUGUUUAAUCUGUUUAGUAAAUUUAUCCCUGUGGCAAUCAAAUUCUUGUAUGGUGUUCCAGUGAUUGGUUGGAUAUUAUGGCUUCCGGGUAUUAAUGGUUUUGUACGCAGACUUAGCCAAUCUAAUUCAAUGGUUUAAAAAGUAAUUCCAAGAAGAUUACAACCUUUUGACAUGAUGAAUUGACGCCUGUAAUAAUUCGUUAGUGAGUAUGUCAAAUAUUAUGACUCCUGGACUUAGGUCUUUUUCUAUGUAUAUUGUUGAUAUAUAUAUAUAUAUAUAUAUAUAUAUAUAUACAUAUAUAUGCAUAAGCGAUGAAAUGUAAAUAUACGCAUAACUUGAACAAUUCACCUCCAUUCAUUCACUCACCUGUCCGUUUUCUUAUAUGAACUAACACAAAAGAUACUUUUUUUGGAUUUUAUGUCACUAUUAUUCAGCAAAGAAAUUGAACAUACACACACCUGUGUAAAACACACCAUUUUAUCUUUUGAAAAUUGUAUUGUUCGCUGU